AUGUGAGCCCUCACUUGAAAAUCUUCUCGACUCCUCAUCACUGCAUAUCUCUUUGUUGAAAGCUGUCGUCCAGGAUUUUUUUGGAAGUCACAUAGUUUUGGGUUGUCCUAUUCUUCUGCGUUGGCUGUCUUUGCCGAAAUUAGAGUGCAAGACAAUAAAAUAAUAUUGAAACUUGAUCUGCACUUUUCGGAUUCAAGAUGAACGAGCGGAAGGCCAGGAAAGAAAUGAACAGAUGGAAUAAGCUAAUUGUAUCUCUCGCAAUUGACUUCGUGGGAAUGUCAUCGUACAUAGUGCCUGGAGCCGGAAACAUCUCCGACAUAGGAUGGGCACCAGUGCAGGCAUUCAUAGUGCACCACCUCUAUAACAACAGGCUCUUGACGACGUUGAGCUUCAUUGAGGAGGUCCUACCAUUCACAGACAUCGUCCCAUCUGCCACCAUUGGCUGGCUGAUGGAGUACACAAGAGCCGGCAAGAGGGCCCAGGAUGAAGCCGAACAAGUGCGAACGUGAGGAGGUUGUAGCACUGGGCACCAAUAACUUAUGAGUGCUACUGAACCGCCUUCCUGAUGGCAUCAUGCUUGGGAUCAAAGCAAUGGAAGAUAAACAGCAAGCCGCCAGUAAAGAAUGGGAGCGUUGAAGAAUUUGGGACUGACUUCUUGAAUCCACACUUCUGGGACUGUUGCAUGAUGCCGCUUGGCAAUUUUGGUUUCUGAUAAUUUGUGGCUGUGCCACCUAGAGUGCUUGGACAGAGUGAGCAGAGUACUGAAUAUGUAGGACUGCCUAAUGUGGCAAUUUGGAUCAACUGGACGCAUGAUGCUGACGCGUAGAUUUGUCAGAAUCCUGGAGUGGACGAGACACAGUUGACAGUUUGAUAGCUUUGAAAAUAUGUCUCUUCAGGAUGAGCUCUGGAUUUGAACAAGAGAUCAAGUGGUGUUCAAGAUGUGUGGCAAGAAGGGCAGAUU